AAACUGAACAAAGUUGAAAAUACUAAAUAGAUAUAUAUACAGACGUUUGACAUCCUUUCUCUUACACUUGCUGGUUUAUAAAUAGAUAUACUCUUACACUUCUAGUUAUAUAUAUACUCAUCCUUACUGUCUUACUUCAAUUGCUCUGAAAUUUGAGGAGUUGUAAAUUUAAUUGAAAACAUGUCAAAUUUCAAUCUUACGUGCAAGUUACUUUAAUUUGACGUGUUCUCCUGUAUUUAUUCUUAUUCAUAGAAAUAUAUAUCUUCAUUCUUCAUGCUUAAUCCUACAAGCAGUUCACCCUUUAUCCUUUAUUCUUUUAACCAUCAAUUGUGCAAUGUACACAGACCAUUUUCACUUAAUAACGUGGUUUUCAAGUUAUCAUGGUAAAACUAUAAGAACAUAAAACAUAAGGUUGCUGAAAUGACGUUUACCUAUUCCACAAUUGUCUUAGUACUGGAUUUGUUAGCCCUUUUUCUCCUUCUAUAAAACUUUUUUGCCUGAAAAACAUCCUGAGCGCAACGAGGAAUUCUUUGUUAUACAAAUUUUUACUUUUUAGUAAUAAUCAUCAUUCAUCAUUCUUUCUUUGGCUCAAAUAUAAAUAUUCUCUUCAUUUAUAAUUCAUUUUUAAAUAACUAGGCUUUUAUAGUAAUAUUCAUCAUUCUUCAUUCUUUCUUUGGCUCAAACAUACAUAUUCUCUUUCUUUAUAAUUCAUUUUUAAAUAACUAGGCUCAGAUAAAAAUGAGUGUAAAAUUUGAAGAAUUAUAUGAGACAGAUGAACUUGAGGAUUUGAAUGAACUCCUUGCACAGCUCCCAGAUGUUGAUGAAUUAGAGGGAUUUACAACAGUUUACAACAGAGCUAGAACUCUGUUCUGCGAUGAUUCAACUCUUCUCGACGAAUUUGCAGCUUUGAAAACACAUCUUGAGAGAGUUCUAUUCAUGUCAGAACUUCAGGUUGUCAAAGAUGCUCUUAACAACCUGAAAUGCAUCCGUCAAACCCCAGCAGAACUAAACCCUACCCAGCUACCAAACCAAACCCCAGCAGAACUAAACCCUACCCAGCUACCAAAUCAACUAAAAUCAACGAAUGUCCCUCCCCUGCUCCUAGGAGGACCGAAUAAGAAAUACCCGCAUAUGUCCAAGGCUAUUGAGGUAAAAAGUUCAAAGAGCGAGGGAAGGUAUCUAGCCGCAGUUCAGAGGAUUUCACCUGGCGAUGUUUUAAUAGUUGAUAAACCUUAUAUAACAUCCCUCUUCCCUGCACAUUAUUCUUCACAUUGUCUUGCCUGCUUUAAAAGAUUGUCAGAGGACUUUUUAAAAUGCCCUUCUUGCCUGAAGGUAAGAUUUUGUGAUACAAGUUGCUACACAUCCUGCUUCAAGAAAACACAUAAGUGGGAAUGCGAAGUUUUGGAAUUGAUAGACAACGAUGAAAUUGGUAGAAUGGCAGCUAUGGCAUACAGAAUUGUUUCACAAACAGGUUUUGAGUUUCUAAGCAGUAUUUCUGAUAAACUUGGAAGGAGUGAGGGGACGUACACAGAGGGAGAUUAUUUAGCAGUUUAUAACCAGGUUGAUAAUAUGGAGUUAAGACCAACAGGAGAUCAUUUAAAACGAUGUUUCACCGCGCUCUAUCUUGCAAAAUGCCUCGAGUUGGUUGGAUGGUUCCAUGGCAAACCAAGCAAAGAUAAUUUUCUAUUCGUAGCAGCUCUUUUAGUCAAGCAUAUACAGGCAUGUGCCUGUAACGCCUAUGAAAUCAAUGAGUUUGUAAAGAAAGGAGAAUCUAUGAUAAAUAGUGAGAGUUUAGAACUGGGAGGAGCUGUUUAUCCAACUAUUAGUUUAUCCAACCAUUCCUGUAACGGAAACACAAGCAGGACUAAUUAUGGAAUAUAUUGUGUAGUGAGAGCUACGAGAUCAAUUCAACCAAGUGAAAAGGUGUAUGAUAACUAUGGUCAAUUUUACCAUAUAGAGAGUAAGGAGGAGAGACAAAAAAGGCUUAAGCUUCAAUACUUUUUCGACUGCAGUUGUGCAGCUUGUAAGCAAAACUGGCCUCUGUACAGGGUAUUUAGUGGGCAGACUAGUGUUUACAAAUGCCCAGGUUGCGGGGGUUCAUUGGGUACACAAGUAGACAAGAUUAAACGAUGUGGAAAGUGCAAGAAAGAGCUGAAGGGACUGGUUAAAUUAAUAAUUCAUCUGAAUAAGUUAAAAUCUGAUUUCAGGAAGAUUAUGGACGGUAUAACCCCUGAGAACGCGAAUGAUUAUAUAAAAACAUAUUCUAUACUUCUUACACAAAUAGAAAAGAUUUUUUCUCCCCCCUGCCGUGAACUGACUGAAUGCACACAAGUGUUGCUGCAGAGCUAUGCCGUCCUAGGAAACCAUUCUCAAAUAUCUCCAACUUUAGAGGAAUCUCAAGUAGCUUUGUUCCAGGGUGCUGGUUCUGAUGAUGAUGACGAUGAUGAUGAAGUGCCUGGUCUCAUCUAAACCAUUUUUAUAUUUUCAUUUUAUAUCAUUUUCCAGUUUUUAAUAAAAAAGAGAUUUUUUCUGAA